UCCAGCUCAGAAACAUUCUGGAGAAGGCACUGUCACACUAUCAAGCUCAUCAAGGCCGAGCCUGGGAAGAAGGCACACACAUGCUCCCGCUGCAAGACAAUCAUGUACCCCGGUCCCAAGAACUCGGGGUACAACCACAGAUGGGGCUUUUGCGCCGACGGCGCCAAGCAGGUGUCCAAAAACGAGCCGCCUCCACCCUGGCCACAGCCACCAGGCAUAUUCUCUGAAGGCAAGCGCUUCCAUCCGCGUGCGUUCCUCGAAAUCGUCAAGCAAAUAUACGAGCAAGUAUUCCUCCGGCCAUCUGGUGAAAGCCCUGCACUCGAGCAGGAGGCAUUUGCAAUGAUGCUUCUCGACCAGUCGAUGACACUCGAAUCAGGGACUGUGCUGUUCAAGCUGUAUGAGGAGCUCGAGAUUGACGAAUCGACGCCGGACGCACUGCUGAUUGUGCACAAUGGUGUCAAGCACCUUCGCGUCGAGUAUCUCCAGGAGCAUUGGGCCUCGUAG